GUGGACUCUCACAAUCAUCAUUCAGUAAAAGUGUAAAACCAAUUGUAAGCGUCUUCUUCGUCACAGCAACUGUCAAUUCUUCUUCACACCAAAAUCACAGUUUUUCCGACUCGCAGAUUGUGUAAACGAGAGUAGGUUUACUAUCCGUGAGAAUAAUCCAACAAGCUAAUUAAGAAAAUAAAAUGAGGUCGCGGUGCGCUGCGUGCAAAUGCCUCUGCCGUGAGUGCACAGAGGAUUGCCCGAUGGAGCCGUAUUUCCCGGCCGACGAUCCUAAGAAGUUCAGCAACGUACAUGAGGUGUUCGGCGCGAGUAACGUGAGCAAGGUUCUGAAGGAAUUGGAGCCCAGCCAGCGCGAGGCCGCCGCUAAUUCACUGGCCUAUGAAGCGGAACACCUCCUCCGCGACCCCGUCCACGGCUACCUCCGCCAAAUCUACAGCCUCAAGCAGAAGAUCAACCAGGUCCAUGCCGAUAUGGAAAAUACCAAGAAGGAAUUGGCCGCCUACAUCGGGCCUUCCGCAUAUCAGCCCAUGCUCCUCAGCCAACCGCAACAGCACCUUGUGAUCCCGGCUCAAGAGCAAGAAAUCACUGCGAUUGGCAGGGGAUGCGGAAGCAAUGAUGCAAGUGAUCAACAUGAACAUGAGCAUGAUCGGUUGGAUCCACUUUUUCUACAGCAGCUCCAGCAGCUGCAAGACUACUUUGAGGCACAACAACUAGCUCAAAUGCAUGACUUCAUUCCAGCAAAUGUAAUUAGCUUGCGAAAGGGGAGACAGAUGUAUAGAUGAGGAGAAAUCGUAGAGGUAUUCGCAUCUACGUAAGCAAGUCACCAGUAUAUUUUCUAUUGGAUUUUAUGAAGUCGAAAAGAUUGAUUAACAAUGUAAGCUAGAUUAAUCUUUUCUAACAUUAAACUCAUACAUAGAUUUCAUUCAUAUUGCUUUUCUUGAUUUACUCUUUCCCUUCAUGUAUAACUAUAGCCAUACAUGAGUUUCAGUAUCACUAAAUUGUGGCCAUUUAAUAUGGAAAUAUUUGUAUC